CAGCAGAAACACUCUUCUCUCUAUUAUAAAAGAAACAGCCUCCCCUCCUUAUUGUAGCACUAAAUUCUCUGGGCACUAACAGUUUGUUUGUAUAAUCAGCACUUGUUGUGUGUAUUGCUUCUUCUUGUUGAAUUACUGAAUGCCUCCUCAAUUGUGUUACAUUGGACAAAAGCGUCUAAAUGUAAACGUUUUAAUAAUCAUUUUAAUUAUUGAUCGACUGAUCUAGAAUGUCUCCACUGUAUUUAAUCUCUGUAAGUCAUUCUGUCUGUAUCCUCUCUCUCUCUCUCUCUUUCUCCUGAUUGCAGAUGCUCUCAGUGUUCAUUUCUCCGGUUCCUCGUUCAACAACUGUUAUUUGUGUGAGUCUGGGGACGAGCGCAGCGGCAGCGACACGCUCAAAUGAGCACAGUCAUAGGAAGAAAAAAAAAACCCUGACAUCCUACCUCCAUCUCUAUUUAAACGCAGCACUUCUUUACGUUUUGGAUUGUUUGGAGUCCAGGAGCGGCGGGAGCCUGUUUACUGAUGGUGAUGAUGAUACUGAUGCUGAUGAUGUCCGUGCUUUUAUUGGCACGCACUGAUGAUGACUUUUGUUAUGACGAGGACCACUGUGAUCCAUAUGCAUGGGGAGACAGUUAUCCUUCCUGUCAUCCGCUUCUGGACAGCCAUCAUUCGCCCAUCAACCUGGACCAUCAUCUGAUGAAGAACCACUCGCUGGACUCUCUGCAGCUCCAUGGCUUUAAUCUGACUCAUAAAGGUCAAUGGUGGCUGACGAACCAGGGCCACUCGGUUGUGCUGGAGGUUGGUGACGGUAUGCAGGUCAGUGGCGGAGGUCUUCCUGCAACUUAUCGCACCUUCCAGCUGCAUUUCCACUGGGGAAGCGUCUCCUCAAAUGGGUCUGAACACACCCUCGACCACCUCAGGUUUCCUAUGGAGAUGCACAUAGUGAACAUCAAAUCCACGCAUCCAAACUUGACGUCUGCACUUGAAGACCCAACCGGCAUUGCUGUGCUUGGAGUAUUUGUUGACGUGACUUAUCUGCACAAUGAAAACUUCCAGUCCAUCUCAAGUGCACUUUCUUAUGUUGCCUACAAAGGACAAACAAAGUCGAUCAAACCAUUCCCGUUGGUGAACUUGUUACCUCAGAACAACCUGACGCAGUAUUAUCGUUAUCACGGCAGCCUCACAACGCCACCCUGUUCAGAGGUGGUUUUGUGGACCAUUUAUGAAGUGCCUGUGUAUAUUUCAUGGGCUCAGUUCGAGCAGUUUGUAAGCGGGAUUUAUUCCACGGAGGAAGAAGCAGAAAUCCAGGCUCUUCUGCAUGACAACUACAGACACAUUCACCCAACCUACAGUCGCCCCGUGUACGCCUCAAAAGAUGCCAAGCUGCUCACCAAUGGAGUUUCCUCUCUUGCCUGUUUUAAUUCUGUGUCUGUAAUUGUAUAUCUGUUAUUAAAUAUUUAGCAUUUCGCAGAUAGACCGUAAUCAGUGUAGCGCCAUAUUUAAUUUCUGACACAGAUGAAAAUGUUUUCAGUGGACUGUACAGUUGGAUGGAAUUUACAUCUUACAUGAGAAAUAAGCAAAAAACUCUUAGUACCAGAAACACUCAAUAUGAUUCUGGUAUUACAAAAGGCUUUUCCCUAGUCCUACACGAAAGAAUCUUAAAGGGAUUUCUACUGAUACCUAGAAGAAAGACUGAAUUUCAGCUCACUGUAUAAAUUUCACGCUACAAGUGGAGCUAAUAAUACAACAGAUUACAUUUUAUUGUCACUGUACAUAUAUACAAUGUAUAUUUAUAUAGACCAUUUUGGGGGACGUAAACAAAAACAAUGGUCCUGACAUAUUUCCUGUUCUACAUUUAUAAUUUCUACAGCUUUCCGAGAAUCCAAAAAGAGCCACAUAUUG